CCAUUGUAGUCUCUGUCUGUUAGUAAAGCCGAGGGUUGCCUGUGGAAAAAAGUAGGUGAAGAAAUUUGAGAAAUGAGACCAGGAAAUAGGUGCAUUUAUUUCCAGGACACAGCAAUGGAAGCUUGGUCAGUUAACCAAGUGUGCAGGUGGCUGGUGGAGGAAAACUUAGGAGAGCUAGUUCAUAGGUUUCAAGAGGAAGAGGUAAGUGGGGCUGCUCUCCUAGCACUUAAUGAUCGGAUGGUUCAGCAACUGGUAAAAAAAAUUGGGCACCAGGCUGUUCUGAUGGAUUUAAUUAAAAAAUAUAAGCAGAAGAGUCAAGGACCGAAGUCCCCUGGAAGCUCUGGAGAAACAGCCCCCGUCACGCAAGCAGCAGCAGCCCCGGAGUACAUGGAUGAAUGGUCCUCCAGUCCAGCCAACCAUGGGGAGCAGACGAGAACUGUCCAUCCCGCAGAAACCCUUGAUAACGGACUAAUUGACCCCAGAGUGCUGAAACAGAGAAGGAAUGUGAAACAUGUUCUAGCAGGGAAUAAAGCAUUACAUUGGACUAAGUCCUAUGUUUUACCAGAGUUCCCCUAUGAUGUCAGAUGCAUGUUAGCAGAGCGGAAGUGUCCCGAUCACAGCGUGAGGAUAAGGAUCAUCGAGUUUCUCCAGGCCGACAUGACCAAGUACCUGAAAGGCUCACUGUACCCCACCGCCCAGCAGUACAACGACGUGGUCAGCGCCCUGCUGCAGGCCCACCCUUUCCUGGACGCGGACGGCUGUGGCUUUUUUCUAUGGAAACGAGCCCUCAAGGAUCGCUUUAAAUAUGUUCGAAGACCCAUAGAAGAUGAUGAACAAGUGAUGAGAAAUAAAUGUAAAUUUGGACACCGGAGAGGCCAGAGAAGGAAAUCUCUUGCUGAUGCAAGAUUUGAUGAAAUUAAAAUUGUCCAGAUAAAAGAAGAAGGUAUUUGUUUAGAUUCUGAGAUAGAUGAACAUAUUAGCUGGUUUCAGCAAGAAUAUGUGAAAACAGAAAGGGACUGGGGAGAAAUUGAAAAGCGGAUGAGCCAGACUUCAAUAAGAAGGAAGCUGAUUGGCAGCCAAACGCCUGUGAAGGACAUUCUUAAAAUGUUUCCUUUCCUGAAGUGCCCGUAUCAGAUGUUCAGAGAAUUUCAAGUUCUUACAAGAACAGAUAUUUAUAAGAAAACAAGGAACAUUCUGGAAUCCUAUUCAGAAAAUAUACUGACUUCUUUUCCAGUGGUGGACAACCCAAUCAAUAUCGCCUUGCAAGAAAAAAUGAAACAGCACACAGAUGAGGACACGCUGAAGUAUAUGAAGAUGACGGCCGCGUGUUUAGUCCUACCAGAGGUUUUUGGGGAUGAUCCCAGCCUUUUUGUCACUGUGAAUGAGAAGGUGCGAGUGUCUACACCCGUGUUAGAAGUUAAGAACCCUUUCGAUACUGACGUCUGUGAAUUUUCCUUAUAUGUAGAAAAAGAGAGGCUCUCAAAAGUGGAUGACUGUGUCACGGCCUUGGCCGCUCUCGUCGCGGCCUUUCAUGUGUUUGGGAUCCAGUGUCCAAGACGACUGUCCCAAACCCUCAACUUCCUGGAAACGCUGAUUUUCGACAUGCACAGUCCCCAUUUUCCUUCUAUGAAAGAAAAGGAGAAGGAAGUAGGGUUUCAACGUUCAGUCACUUAAUGGCAUGCCUAGUGUUUUAUCAGAACUGAUCUCUGGGACAGCUGCAACUUUAUAAAAAAUUCUUUGAAUUAGGGUUGUGGUAAAUAUUAGAAAAUCAUUGUGUCUCAAAGAUGUUAAUAAAUUUAAUGCCUUCUGUCUUGAACUUUAGAUACUUUGUGAAAAUCUGUAAUAAAAUACUAUUUAAUUG